AUGUCCGAGUCGAAGCCCCCAUUUCCUCCCUUCACAUGGGAAGAAGCGCACCAAAAAGUCAAAGCAGCCCAGGCAGCAUGGAACACCAGGAAUCCGGAAGCAGUUCAAUAUGCUUAUACCCCCGACUCCAUAUGGCGAAACCGCGAUGUGUUCCUCCAGGGCCGUGAGGAGAUUGUGCAGUUUCUGCGACAAAAAUGGGCAAAGGAACAAGAGUAUCGGCUAAGAAAAGAGUUAUUUGCCGUGACAGAUAACAAGAUUGCAGUCCAAUUUUGGUACGAAUGGCAUGAUGAGUCUGGUCAAUGGUGGCGUACAUAUGGGCUGGAGGAUUGGACUUUUGCUGAGAAUGGAUUGAUGAGAAAACGACAAAUGAGCGGGAACGACGUGCGCAUCACCGAAGAGGAACGUUGGUUCAAGGAUGGUGUCGAUGUUGACUCUGUUAGCAUCAGCGAGAAGCACUGGUAG